GAUGAUCUAACAGUUUUUGUGGGAGACUUAGAGGCUAAAGCCCUCCAGAUUGUUGCAGAAAUUGUGAAGGCUGUGGGAGGUGUAGCUAUCGACAAGAAACGAGAAACCCAGGACGAUUGGGUAUCUAUCGUCGCUGAUGGCACUGUGGCUAUCCAGGAUGCAGUCAAAAUGUUUGAUGACGUGAAAAGCCUGAUUUCUGUUGUUGGUGGGAAAUAA